AUGAAUUCAAUCUUUAAAACUUUUGGAAGCAAAAGUCCAUUAGUUAGUAAUAUUAGAGGUAGUCUUCAAUGUUACCAAAAUCCAUUGUUUGCCACUCAAACUGCACCAAUCCCAAACGGUGGAUUUUCACUCAACUCAUCAAGUAGAUUGAUCCAAACAUCUUCAUUCACACCAAAACCAUAUCAAACAAGAAAUUUUCAAUCAAGUUCAAAGUUUAGUUUUUUCAAAAACAGUAUUUUCAAUGCUACCACAGUAACUAGCACAGCGGAGGAAGUGAUCAUCGAAGAUCACUGGAAGAAUCAAGCGAGACAAUAUAAGGACUUGGUUGUAGGUGUGCCAACAGAGAUCUUUCACGGUGAGAAGCGUGUUGCCUUGACUCCAGAGAACGUGGCACUGCUGAUCAAGAAAGGAUUCCAAGAGAUUCUCAUCGAGGAGGGUGCCGGUAAGGGAGCGAAAUUCACCGAUCAAGCAUACAUCGCUGCCGGUGCAAAGAUUGCCACUGCCCAAGAGGUGUUGUCGCGCGCCGACAUCAUCUUGAAGGUACGUCCACCCCAAUUCAACAGUUCUCUGGGAAAGCACGAGAUUGAGCUCUACAAGGAGGGUGCCACCCUAAUAAGUUUCAUCUUCCCCGGACAGAAUGCAGAGACGUUGAAACUUCUCGCUCAGCGAAAGAUUAAUACGCUGGCUAUGGAUUGCAUUCCGCGUAUCAGCAGAGCGCAGGUGUUUGACGCGCUCUCCUCGAUGGCAAAUAUCGCCGGUUACAAAGCGGUGAUCGAAGCGUCCAAUCAUUUCGGAAGAUUCCUGUCCGGUCAGAUCACGGCAGCCGGAAAGAUUCCACCAUCAAAGACACUGGUUAUUGGUGCUGGUGUCGCCGGUCUGUCGGCGAUCGGUACCGCCAAGGGACUUGGUUCGGUUGUGCGUGCAUUCGACACUCGUGCCGCUGCAAAAGAGCAAGUGAAAUCGAUGGGUGCAGAGUUCUUGGAAGUCCACAUCAAGGAGUCCGGAGAGGGUGGUGGAGGUUACGGUAAGGUGAUGUCCAAGGAGUUUAUCGAUGCGGAAAUGGCGUUGUUCUUGAAGCAGUGUAAGGAGGUCGAUAUUGUUAUCACCACCGCUUUGAUUCCAGGUCAGCCAGCACCAAAGUUGAUCACCAGAGAGAUGGUCGAAGCGAUGAAACCGGGAUCGGUCAUUGUCGAUCUCGCCGCUGAGACUGGUGGAAACUGUGAGUUGACAACACCGGGCGAAGUAGUAAAUCAUCGUGGAGUCAAUAUCAUUGGUUUCACUGAUUUGCCAUCGCGUAUGGCAACGCAAUCUUCACAGCUCUACUCGAACAACGUCGUGAAGUUCCUGCUCUCACUUGGCAAUCCAACCAACAAUGAGUUUAUGAUUGAUGUUCGCGAUGAAGUCGCCAACAAUUCGUCGGUGGUCGUAGGUGGAACCAUUGUUUAUCCACGUCCACGAAAGGUAGUUGCUACUCCUCCACCUGCUCCAUCGGCUACCGCUGCCGCUGCCACCACAGCAACGACCGCUGCCGUCGUCAAGCCCGAGGAAACUCUCUACAACUCGACCAUCAAGAAAGCGUUGCUUUCUACGGUUGGAUUGGGUGCUGCUGCGUUGGCAACCAUCAACAUGCCGCUGCCAUUUAUGAUGUCGUUGACCACCUUUGCCUUGUCGUGUAUCAUCGGUUACAAAGUCGUAUGGGGAGUGACACCAGCGCUUCACUCGCCACUGAUGUCCGUCACCAAUGCCGUGUCUGGUAUUGUCGCCGUCGCCGGUAUUCAUAUGAUGGGUGGUGGCUAUCUCCCAGGAACAUUUGCCAAUGUCUUGGCUGCAACCUCAGUGUUUAUUGCAAGCAUCAAUAUUUUCGGUGGUUUCUCCAUCACCAAGAGAAUGUUGGACAUGUUCAAACGUCCAACCGAUCCACUGACCUACGAGUAUCUCUAUGGAAUUCCAGCGGUUGGUUUCUUGGCUGCUGCCGCCGCUGUUGCCACACCUGGAAAUGAAUCACUCACCCAGAUGGCAUACCUGGUAUCGUCGACCAUGUGUAUCCUCUCGAUCGGUGGAUUGUCGUCUCAGCAAUCGGCACGACUCGGUAACAUCUUGGGUAUCGGUGGUGUCGGUAUCGGUAUUGCCGCGACACUCGGCUCGCUUAGUUUGCCCGCUCCCCUUCUCACUCAGGUUGCCGCCAUGAUUGCAGCCGGUGGUGGAAUUGGACUUGCCAUCUCGAAGCGUGUUGGAGUCACCGAGCUUCCACAACUCACUGCAGCUUUCCACAGUUUCGUAGGUUUGGCGGCGGUACUCACAUCGGUCUCCACCUACAUGUCAUCGAUGGGCGAUGUCGCUGCACUCGAUCUGAUCCAUCGUGGUGCCAUCUAUCUCGGUGCUGUAAUUGGAGGUAUCACAUUCACCGGUUCACUCGUUGCAUUCACCAAACUUCAAGGACAAAUCGGUAACUGGAAGUUCUCAUCGAAACCAUUGUUACUUCCAAAUCGUAACCUCAUCAACGCACUCAUUGCCGGAGCCAACGUCGGUACAUUCGCACUCUUCCUCAACACCAAUAGUCCAGCCGUUGGAAUGCUCUGUCUCGUUGCCAACACCGGUCUUUCAUUCCUCCAAGGUCAUCUCCUAACUGCCGCCAUCGGUGGAGGUGACAUGCCAGUUGUAAUCACUGUAUUAAAUAGUUAUUCUGGAUGGGCAUUAUGCGCUGAAGGAUUCAUGUUGAACAACGAUCUAUUGAAUAUUGUUGGUGCAUUGGUUGGUUCAUCCGGUGCCAUUCUUUCAUAUAUUAUGUGUGUUGCAAUGAAUCGUUCACUGCCAAACGUUAUUUUCGGUGGAUACGGUACUUCCUCCACUGGAACUGGUGAAGCAAUGAAAAUCACUGGUACUCACACCGAAGCAUCGGUCGAGCAAGUCGCAGAGAUGGCAACCACCUCCAAAGAUAUUGUUAUUGUUCCUGGUUACGGUUUAGCAGUGGCCAAGGCACAGUAUGCCGUUGCCGAAUUUGUCAAGGCACUGACUGACCACGGUAUCAAUGUGAAGUUCGCCAUUCACCCAGUCGCCGGUAGACUUCCGGGUCAGUUGAAUCUCGUGCUCUCCGAAGCCGGUGUACCUUAUGAUAUCGUACACGAGAUGGAGGAGAUCAACCCACAUAUUGCAGAUGCCGAUCUUGUCAUCGUAAUCGGUGCCAACGACACAGUCAAUUGUGCAGCUAUCGAGGAUCCAAACAGUAUUAUCGCUGGUAUGCCAAUUAUCGAAGUACACAAAGCAAAACAAUGUGUAGUAUUGAAGCGUUCUAUGGCAACUGGUUAUGCAGAUGUACAAAACCCACUAUUUUUCAAACCCAAGACCAACUUUAGUACAAACACAAUGGAAAGUGUAUAUAAGAGGUAUCAAACCUUUGCAAUGACCCAAUUCAUGUUUGAUCAAAAUGGUUUAUAA